AUGGACAAAAAAAUCAAAGCCGUUCAGUUGAAGAGGAGGAUUGCAGUGGAAAAUAUUAGUGCCCUCGAACGCUUUCAAGCCCAAUUUGCCGGAGACGACGUCGAUCAAAUCCCGGAGGCCUUAGAAGACCUGGAUAAGCACAAGGCAGAUUACUUCGCCGCGGUGGCGAAGUUGGAGGAACUCGACGAUGGUAUCGAGGCGAUCGAGGCAUGUAUCCUGGAAAGGAUCAACGUCGAAGAGCGGCCAAACGCUCCACACAUCCGCCUUCCGAAGGUCGAAUUGCCAACGUUCGACGGAGAUCAGACGAAAUGGUUAUCGUUUCGUGAUCGCUUCAUUGCGAUGAUUGAUGCUUUGCCGGAUCUUCCGUCGAUUGCGAAGCUCGAAUAUUUAUUGUCGUCAUUGAAAGGGGACGCGGCGGUUCCUUUCGAACAUACACCGUUGACGGCGGACAAUUAUUCGGUAACGUGGUCAGCGCUUCUCAAGCAGUAUGACAAUCCGCGUGCACUCGUUCGUGAGUAUUACCGAAAACUACAUCAUCUUCCUGGCGUGCAAUCGGAGAGUGUGGAUAGUCUGACCACUUUAGUGAACGAAUUUUUGCGGAAUGUGAGCGGUUUUGUGAAACUAAAUCAACCGGUGGAUUCAUGGGACACGCCGUUAUCAAACAUGCUACUUAUGAAGUUGGAUCGUGCCACACUUCUAGCAUGGGAGAAACAUUCAGUGCACUUUACGACGGACAAGUACAUGGACGUGGUACAUUUUGUACAAGACCGGAUUCAAAUCUUAAAGUCGACUAACAAUUUCGCGAGUGAUAUAGUCGAUGGUUCGAGAAAGGUGGCCGGCACCUUGCGCUCAUCACCACCGCGUCGAUCGAUCGCCAACGCAGCGUCUUCGCGAUCAUCUCCCAUUACGCCAAAUUACAAGUGUCCUUUAAAGUGCGUAGAUAGUCACCUUCUUCAAAACUGUCCAGUGUUCUCUGGAAAGGACGUGCAACAGCGUCGGGAAAUGGUAGCAUCAAAGCAGCUGUGUUGGAAUUGCUUGAGUGAUUCCCAUCAGGCAAAAGCUUGCAAGUCGGACUAUACAUGUCGUACUUGUCACCAGCGUCACCAUACACUGCUACAUACUCCUACUCCCAACUCAACAAUCGCUAUGGCAGUGCAAAACAACCAUGGAAUGGUGUUUUUGGAAACGGUGCGGUUGUACAUCCUAGAUGGCUACGGAAACCGUCAUGAGGCAAGGGCUCUCCUCGAUUCGGGCUCUAUGUCAAAUUUCAUCUGUAAUUCGCUGGCUCGGAAGCUUCUGGGGAUACCUCGGAACAAGGUUCACGUAUCGAUCCUGGGCAUCGGCAAUUCAUUACAGUUGAUGAAGGGAUCAAUCUUUGCAACUGUGGAAUCCCGAAACCUUACACAUGCUUCUCAGCUGGAGCUACUCAUCUUGGAUUCUCCAUUUAUGGAAAUCCCAACGUCGCCCAUUGAUACAUCGUCGUGGAAGCUUCCGGAAUUGCCACUAGCAGACCCAUCGUUCUUUGUUCCUGACAAGAUCGACAUCAUCAUUGGCGGAGAUACGUACUGGGAGCUUCAUUCCGGUAGAAAACGUUCGCUCGGCAGAGGAAAACCAUGGCUAGUGGAGACGUUAUUCGGUUGGGUCAUCGCUGGAAACACGUCAUCGGGUGCUUCGCAUGGUUUACAGUUGUGUCAUCUGGCUGCCAAUGAAACGCCUUCAUUGGAAUCGGUUAUGGAGCGUUUCUGGGAUACCGAGACAAUUGGCGAUGAUACUGCCUUAUCUGCGGAAGAGGAUGCCUGUGAGAAGCAUUUCGUGACCACCACAACCAGAGAGGCAUCCGGCAGGUAUGUUGUCUGUUUGCCACAAAAUAAUAAUCCCAGUAUCGUUUUAGGAGAAUCAAAGGCGAUUGCUGAUCGUCGGCUCCUUGCGGUGGAACGAAGGUUAAGAUCGAAUCAUGUGAUGAAGGAAGAAUACAGCAAAUUCAUGAAGGAGUACGAGCGUUUAGGUCACAUGAAGCGACUUACCGAACCGGUCGAUGAUACCUAUGAGCAUUACUAUUUGCCUCAUCAUGCGGUAGUAAAGGAGACGAGCACAACCACUAAGGUCAGAGUAGUGUUUGAUGCAUCCUGUAAAACUUCCUCAGGAUUUUCCUUAAACGACAAAUUAUUGGUGGGACCGGUGAUCCAAGACGACCUGUUUUCGAUUAUUGUACGUUUUCGGUCACAUUCCAUCGCCCUAUCAGCGGACGUCGAAAAAAUGUACCGUCAAAUUCUACACGAUGAUCGCGACCAACGGUACCUUCGCAUAAGAUACAGAGAAGACCCAACAGAGCCCAUUCAAACUUACCAGCUACAAACGAUUACAUACGGAACUGCGUCCGCUCCGUUCCUGGCAACUAGAACACUGAAGCAAAUAGCUCAUGAUCAUCAAACACAGUACCCGCUAGCAGUUAACGCAGUACUGAACGACUUCUACGUAGACGACUUAUUAUCGGGUACAGAAGAAAUAUCGGAUGCAAUCGAGAUGCCUGGUGCCGGGGAGGGAAUCGGAACUGACCGUUCCGAUGUUGGCACGUCCGGAAGCUUCGUUGUCAAAGGUAGAGACGCUAAUGAUGACGAUGAGUUCGCUGACAACCAUGCCGCAGACAAAGACGAUGAUGAUGAUGAAGACGAGGACGUAGGUGAUGACGAAGACAAUGACUUAGAUGAUGGUGAUAAAAACCAUGACGUUGGGGAUAACGAUGACAAUGACUUAGAUGAUGAAUAUAAAUCCCACGAAUCCAGUAAGACAUCUAAUGGUAAACGUCUCGACUUUAUGUCCGAUGAUCGACGAUCGCUAGCGAUCAUUCUUCGACGCAGUUGA